CCACCUGCUGCCGCAACUCAGGACGCUGCAGCCCAGAAUGAAUCCGCCAAUGUCGACCAGAUGGUGCUUGACUUCCUGCGCCAACGAGGACAUGCUGAUGCGGAACGUGCUCUUCGAGAAGCAUUGGGACUACCUAGUCCCCCUACCGACAGUGAUGCCAACGCUUCCCCUGAACCAGCUCAACCGACGGUGUCAGAUGCAGAGCUGCGAAAACAUCUCGUUCCGUUUUGGCAGAAGAACGACAAACCUGGUGAGAAUGCCCUCGCUGACGCCAAGGUGACGAUGCAGAGCCUCAAGAGCGGUGGGGUGACAACACCGAGUGUCUCUCAACUAUUGGAAACGAUCAAGCCUGGUGGAGCAGAUGAAAUCCUUUCACUCGAUCCAACAGACAAACAUGAGGGAUUCAGAGAUUUGGAGACGUGGGUGGAUGGUUCUCUGGACAUGUAUCGUCCUGAAUUCAGACCUAUUCUAUUCCCCAUUUUCUGUCAAUUCUAUCUAGACUUAAUUCAGCUCGGGUUUCGCGAUGCUAGUCUGGAGUUCUUCAAGAAGUUCUCUCCAUCUCUGGCUCCUUGGCAUAGCAAAACAUUGCACCGACUUUCCACCCUUCUACUUCCAUCGCAUGUACAACAAGAUGAAUUGGCCCAAAGGUUUCGCAACGAAAAAUAUGUAUUGCGCAUGAGUCGAUCUGGCUUCAACCUACUGGUUGGCUGGUUGACAGAAGGAGUUGGUGGAGAAGGUACUGGUGUAGGUGAAGGAUUUACUGGUGAAAGGGGGAAGCGUGGUCGCGCAGCAAUAAUGAGAGUCGUAAACAAUCACCUGCAGUUCGACGUUACCUCAUCCAGUACGACAGUAGUUCCUUCAUAUGCUUGGGAAGAGUCUACGGGAUUGCUGUCCUCGGUAGUUCCUCAAUCAGCGGGGGCAACCGAUAAACGAGCCUUAGUAGACGCAGCUGCCUACAAUGCAUCAAAGGGCGAUGUGAAGCUUGGUCCCCCUCCUAUUGACGAGGGUCUCCAGAGCGAAGUAGAGCGUUUUUAUCGAGAGCAAGUGUUGGCUGGUUCGGAACGUGAAUUGACAGCUCAAGACCUUCGUCCUUCGACUUCCUCUGAUCUCAUUUCUCCGCAACCAUCUGAUAUGCCACCUUUACCACCAAGUUUCAAGACUAUGGAUGUAAAGCGGGAAGUAGAGCGUAUCCGCGACGCCCGAAAAAAGAUAAAGCUCGAGCCAUCUGCAUUAACCCUUGAAAAGGAUAGCAGUAGUCCUCAAGCUGCUGCAGCACGAGCAAGGGCUCUGCCCAGCAUUUGUUGCUAUACUAUGACUGAUGUUGGAGAUGGCGUUCCAUGCUCAACAUUUUCCCAAGAUUCCUCCCUAAUGGCCGUUGGAUUUGCGGAAAGCUACAUUCGUCUUUGGAACUUAAAGCAAGAGAAGCUGAGAGGCAUGCGCACUUCGCACUUGAGAAAGACCCGUGAAAGGGAAGCAGGGACGACACGCAAGCUAAUAGGACAUAGUGGCCCUGUGUAUUCUCUCUCAUUUGAUCCACUCAGUGGCUCCGCAGCGCCUCCGCAAUACUUACUAUCUUCGUCGGCUGACUGCACGGUCCGAUUAUGGUCUAUGGAGGACAUGAGCAACGUAGUUGCGUAUCGCGGUCACCAAAGUCCUGUGUGGGAUGUACAGUGGAGCCCCUUGGGUGUCUACUUCGCGACGGGGAGUCGAGAUAAAACUGCGAGGCUCUGGUCAUCGGACCGAAUAUCUGCAUUGCGAAUUUAUGCAGGACACUUAAGUGAUGUUGAUUGCGUGAAAUUUCAUCCAAACUCGCUGUAUCUUGCAACGGGUUCAAGCGACUGGACUUGCCGGCUGUGGGACGUUCAAAAGGGUACAGCUAUGCGUGUCUUUAUUGGACACCAGGGACCAAUAACUUCGCUUGCAAUGAGCCCAGAUGGCCGCUAUCUGGCGAGUGCAGGGGAGGACUUGGCCAUCAACCUUUGGGACCUGGGUUCUGGCCGUCGAGUGAAGAAAAUGACAGGACACACAGCAUCUGUGUAUUCCAUGGCAUUCAGCAGUGAAUCCUCACUCCUUGUCUCUGGUGGUGCAGAUUGGACUGUGCGCUGCUGGGACGUGAAGGGAUCUGGAGGUUCCACGAGCCGAACGGGUCCUCGAGAAAAUGGUAUCGUCAAUGGUGUGGACGGUGCUUUAAGCAGGAAAGACCAUGCUGAGGAGGAUGGGAUGGAAACGUCUGACCUACUCGCCACGUUCCCGACAAAACGGACUCCGAUUAUUAAUGUACAAUUUACACCGCGUAACUUAUGCCUUGUAUCAGGACCUUCCUUGCCAUGAUAGUGUUAUCAUUCGUCACACGUUCCUGUAUAUCCCUUUCUAAAUGUAUUUACUCGCC